CCAAAGCAUAUAAACUAUCCAAAUAAUCCAAACAAGUUACAAGUUGCAAACACUACACUAACAUGCUAUCAGCGCUCUCACACAAACGCACCUCCCAAGGGUUUAUGUUUUAACACAGCCAAAAUUCGGAGAAAUCCCAAAUUCUGGUGUUGCCAGCAGCUUCCUAACUGUCACCGAAUUAACAUGUCAACAGCAGCUCAGUCUUUCAAUGGCAAUCUUAAGAAAGCACUUGCUGGGCUGAGACGGAUCAAUUUGGACGGCCUGAGGUGGAGAGUAUUUGAUGCAAAGGGACAGGUCUUGGGAAGACUAGCAUCACACAUAUCAACCGUGGUUCAGGGCAAGGAUAAGCCCACUUACGCCCCCAAUCGUGAUGAUGGGGAUAUGUGUGUUAUCAUUAAUGCAAAAGAUGUGUAUAUAGGCCAUCUGAAGGAGAGAACAUUGAAAGACCAAAUGGCCAAAGACCCCACGGAAGUUAUUCGCAAAGCUGUCCUGCGAAUGCUCCCUAGGAACAAACUGCGCGAUGUGAGUGUCUAUUCUGCUAUUCUGCUUGGUGGAAUUGAGCAAAGUGAGUUGUUGACUAUGUCCCUCUUGCUGAGCUUCAAUAAUGCUGUAUUUCUCACUUUCAGCAGAAAGUACAAGUGGCGCCUAGGAGUGCUAUCUCUUGUAGAUGAUGAAUUACUUAUGAAGUCGGCCUUUGUUAUUCAGGAUCGAGACAGAAAGCUGAGGAUAUUUUCUGGGGACGAGCACCCUUUUGGUGAUAAGCCUCUCGAACCUUAUGUGAUGCCUGCAAGACAAGUGCGUGAGAUGCGGCCCCGCGCCAGACGGGCCAUGGUUCGUGCCCAAAAAAAAGCUGAACUGCAAGAACAGGGUGACUCGAACAUUAGAAAAGGCAAAAAGAGGAAAGAAGUCGAACCAGAACUCGAAGCAUGA